AUGACCCCGACUGCUGAAAACGAAAUUCCUGAUAUCAUAGCAACAUUUCGUGGACCUUUUGAGGAUACGCCACGUUUUUCAAUGGGUAGCGCCGGAAUAUGUUCAGCUACAAUAUCUUGUGAAAUACUAAAAACUCCAAUGGAAAUGGUUAAAUCGGCUUAUAACGAAUUAAAAUAUAUUUAUAAAAAUCAAUGUUCCAACAUUAAUUCAUCGCAAACAGAAAGUUUACCAGAAUCAAAAAUAAAUAAAGAUAGCGUUCUCAUAUUAUCUGAAAAUAAUACAAAUAUCCAAGAAAAAUCAGAUGUAACGAAUGAUAAUGAAAUAAAACCAAAUAAAUAUCGAAGGAUACUGGUAAAAUAUAAAUAUCAAUCGCCGAUUCAGAUCGUAGACCUUCCUGUCACCACCGACCCGUCAACAACAACAACAACAACAACAACAACUAGUACAACAACAACGACGACGACGAGUACAACGACAACGACAACGACAACAACAACAACAACAGAAAGAACUACAAUUACAACAAAACGACCACGGACAACACGACCGCCACGAACAACACAACCGCCGCGACAAACAGGACCGCCACCGCCAACAGAGCCUCCACAAGUUACAGAACCGCCAUCAGUAACAGGACCGACACAAGUAACCAGACCGCCACGAACAACAAGGCCUCCAAGAACAACAAGACGGCCGCGAACAACGAGCCCUCCACGAUCAACCAGACCGCCACGGACAAUACGACCUCCGCGGACUCCAAGACCGACGACACCGCCGCCUACGCCACCACCUCCACCACCACCACCACCUCCACCACCGCCACCUCCACCGCCACGGCCACCACCACCACCACGAACACAACAUACACAAUGGAUCCCCCAACAACCAAGUUUAUUGGAGACAAAACUAGAAAUUCUUCAUAGAAAAAAACAACUUUUUUUGGAAUUACUCAUGUUGAAAGCAAUGCGUAUUCUUCGGUGGAAAAAGAGGCUUCUUGCUCUUAUGAUGUUUGGAUAAUUAGAAUUAUUUAUUGUCACACUAACGCAUUAUUAAAUGUACAAUAUAUUUUUUUUUUUAUAAUUUUUAAAAUAUAUAUAGAUACAUAACAUCUUGCUGAAU